GCUUGCAGAGCCCACGGCCACGGCCGCAGCAGCCGAGGUUGAUCAGCAGCCCGCCGCAAAGUCCAGCCCGAGCAACCUCGUCCAUUUCUGCACUGGUUGGGUGCAGUGGCCCUGACCGGAAAGCGCGCGCUUCCGGUCCGGGCCAGGGGCAGUCCACUUCGCGUUCUGGUGCUGCACAGCCCAUGGGCUCUGCAGUUGAGAGGCGAAGCAGUGAAGCCGGCGAAGCCGAGGACAACCCCGAGUUCAGCAUCCCCAGUACAGAUCUUGACGGAUUGCUCCGGUACCUUCAGGGGCUAUGCCAUCGAGGGCUUCGCAUUACGGAGGUUACGUAUUGCGUGAAUUCGUGGAAUUUGUACGGGCUCAUCCCGCUCAAGCAUCACGGUUUUAUCCUCUUUACCAAGGUGAAGCACUUCAGCGGCGUGCUUCAACUUAGGACAAGAGAUGUGGUCGGCUUUGGCCUUGGCGUCACAGUGGGGGCUGGAGUUUUCAUGGCGACUGGGAAGGCAGUGACUCUGGCGUUUCUGGUCGCGGCCGUUGGCUGCAGCUGCACAGGCCUUUGCUAUGCAGAGCUUGCGGCCCUGGCGCCUUCAACGGGGAGUUCCUACACCUUCGUAUACCACGCCGCCGGUGUCUUGGCAGCUCGAGGCGAACUUCCAGCCUGCCUGGUCGGACUGACGAACAUUGUGAAUGCAGUCUUAUCCAGUGCGGCUGUGGCUCGUGGUUGGGAAGGCUACCUGCGCCUAUUCCUGGUGUCAGUGGGGCUUUCUCCACCAAGCUUUAUGGAGGGGUUUGCGUGGGGGCCUCUGCAAGUAUCUGUUCUAGCACCACUUCUCAUCGUCGUGGUGGUAGCCAUCAACCUUUGUGGAACAUUGGCCAUCUCAAGCUUCAACAAUGUCGUUACGUUUCUGUCUGUUUCGCUACUUAUAGGCUAUGUUUGCGGAGGCGCAGCUCAAGUUAACCCGGACUUGUGGGCUCCAUAUGCUCCUAAUGGCGCUGAAGGAAUUGCCAAGGGUGCUGGUUCAGUCUUCUUCGCAUACAUUGGGUUUGACGUGCUGGCAACUCUGGGUGCCGAGUCCGUCAAUGAAAGAGUUGUGCCGUGUGGCAUUGUGAUGACGCUGCUGGUCACUACCUCUCUUUACUGCGGCGUCGGGGCGGUCUUCACCGGGCUUGUCGAAACCAGCGACAUCGAUAUGACAGCCCCUUUGGCCCGUGCGGCAGAGCAGAAUGGGCUUCCUUUCCUGGCGCUGGUCGUUUCGAUAGGAGCACUUGGCAACACCCUGACCACAGUCAUCGGCUCGAUUGUUGCAAUCCCCCGUUACUGCUUAUCCAUGGCACAAGACGGGCUCCUGCCAACAACUCUGGUCCGCAUAAACCGCUUUGGAGCUCCGGCCCGUUCUCUCAUCGAUCCGUGGCUUGCAUUGGCUCAUGCUCGCACCCAACCUACCCACACUUUGUACAAAAGCACCGCCAUCAUGCCAUGGGCGCAGGUGAUGGCGGGUCCUGCAGUGGUCAUCGCUGCUCUUUUCGACUUCUCCGCCAUAGCUGACGUCGUGUCUGUAGGAACCUUCGCCUUGGUCUGUGCCUCGCUGGUCCUGCUGAGAUGUCCCCGCGCUUGGGACGCAGGAGCAUCGCGAAGAGAGGAGUCUGGGAACUCAGAAGAGGAAGAUGGCGACUGCGGGCCUUGGAAGGUGCAGCCGGCCGCACCGCGGACGGUGGUUCUAGGCAUGGCAAGUUUUGUCGUGCUUACCUUCAUCUUGGGUGUUCUCUUGAGAGUUCCGGCGGGAGGCCCUGCGUGGUUGAACAAAGUGCUUGUGGCUUUUGUUGGCUUUUGUGCCGCCAUUGCAGCUUGCGUGGUGGCUUUGCCCUUUCUAUGUCGCGACGCCGGAGCUCAUGUCCGUGCUGAAACUACUCACCGCGCUGGGCACUUUCAGCUGCCUCUGAUGCCUCUGCUUCCUCUGUUGGGGAUGUUCAUGAACGUUCUGUUGGCCUCACAAAUGGACUGGCUCACGCUGAUCGAGGCUACAGUUGUGCAAUCAAUUGGGGCAGCAUUCUACUUCGGUUACUCCGCACAGCGCAGUCAUCUUAACAAGCAGAGCAAGAAGGUUUGGAAGCCCGUCUUCGAUUGCACAGUUCCUCCGGAGGAGGGUUGCCGCCUGGACUCAUACCUGACUUUGGAUUUCAGUUCGAGGGGCAUUCUCUGGGACACCUUCGACACGUAUCCUGAUGUGCCCGAAGGCACGUUCUUUGCCAAGACGUACAAGAUCAAUUUGGAUCCGCUGGCUCUCAGGGAGUACUGCAAGGACACAGAGCCGUUCUCGUGGCCUCACAACGACUGCAAGAAGUGGGCCAAAGGCAUGUUGCGGUUGAUGGGCAUCAAAGAGGAUCCCGUGGAUGGUGCCAUCGACAAGCUCACGAGGCCGAGAGCAGCAGCCGAGUUGUGUGUGGAUCGUGCUUUGUCCCUGUGCAUGGCAACUUUCGGCAGUGAGUGCGAUCUCAAGAAUGGGCAGAGUCCAAGUGCUAGCGCAUUAAGUGAUAUGCUGAGCAUCAAUUAUGCACCGGCGGUGCCAGGGCUGCUGCAGUGUGCUCAGCUCAUCGCUUGCAGCAUCCACCUCGCUGCAUCCAGCCGCGGUGAGGCCCAUACGGAAAUGCGACGUGAGGUCUCCUCGUCAGACGAAAGAUGCGAGAGCGAGGAUGAAGCGGACGCAGAUUACGUGGCGGCCGAAGCGAUCGGCGAGGAAACGUAUCUGGAAGACUCCGAGGCCGGAGAGUCUUCCUUCGACGAGGAUACGGAGGUCGAGUGGUCCGAAUCCUCGACACGAAGGUCAGCACGCGAAGGAGGUUUGCAGGCGAGAUCGACGGGAGCGAUGCGAUCCAGGCGAAGCUCCGCUACUCGGGGCGAAACCGAGAACAUCUUGGAUCCGGAGGAGGAAUUGGACAAGGAUGCAUUCCAGAGCUUCAUGCCCUUGGAUCUGCGUUUUGAUGGCGAAGAGGCCCUGCGGCUGGCGGAAUCGGAGUGUGCUGAGAAGGAGAAGCUUGCACCACCACCCGAGGAUGACAGCUGGCGAGAUUGGGGAAACCUCGCCAGUGCGCCAAGGCCUGGCAACGAAGGCUUCAACAGCUUCGCAGCAGCACGUCUGCAGACACAUCAAGCACGGGUGCUUCAAGCAGGACCGCAAUCCUGCCCGCUGCAACCUCACCAGGCUGCUGUGGCCUUUUUUUUGUCACCAAGUUCUCCCAUCCGGAGGCUUCUGGUUGAUCACCCGACAGGCUCUGGGAAGACUCGGGAAAUGAUUUGCGUCUUGAAUGGCUUUUUCAGCGACAGCCGGCCGAAGGUUCUGAUCUUUCCAACGCAGGCGGUCUGCAGGAACUUCUAUGCUGAGCUGCUUGCUUGGCCAUCCCGGUACCGCGACUACUAUUGCAGCAUUUGUCCAGGUGGAGCUUUGCUGGCGUGUGGGACGGCAGUUUGGCAGAGCAGACGACUCCAGCACUGGAAUCUGGGUCGGCUUCCAGAAGCACGGCUCCGGGAACUCGCGCGCUCCUGCCGGGAGGUCCUCGAAAUGAGGGGAGCAUGCUUUGAUGGACGCUUGCGCCCGGGCAUCGAAGAGGCUUUCCUUGCGCAGCACCCUGGAGAGCACUUCCCAGGAGCGCCUUUGAGGGCUCUGAGCUUUGCAAGCGCAGGCGGAGGCCAUGCCAGGAUGUCCUUCAAAUCCGGGAUGUUGACGUGGUUGGCAGCUCUGUGCCUUGCGACAGCAGAGCCCGUGACUCCACAGAGCUUCACGGUGUAUUCGGAGCCAAUCAAGUUGCGGUAUGGUGAAGUAUACAACAAGAAGCAGGGCCCGAUGGCUCUGCCACAAAAUAUCGUGGAGCGAUAUUUCGACCAGGGAAAGGCAAUGGCAAUUACCGGUUUCGAUGUCGACAUGGUCCGAAAGGAUGCAGCAGGUACGGAGACAAGAGUCAAGCUGAGUGACCACUAUUUGCAUCAUUACAUCCUGGCGAUGGGCGAUAACAGCACGAUGAACAAGAUUGAGGAGGAGGCUGCCAAAGACAAGAUGUUUGCCCGGAUGCUUCAUGGCUGCCAUGGCAUGACAGGCUCGCAUGUGCAUUCUUUCCUGACGGGCUUGUCAGAUUCCCCCGAUCUGGUCUACUUCGGCAGUGCAGCUGGCGCUGAGUAUCGACACAACCCGCAAAGAUAUCAAGCACCCUUCCGCAGAUUGAUCCGAAAGCCCCACGUUUGGGCACCAACUUUCCACGUGAUCAACACUAACAGGCCUUUGCGAAACACAUCUCUGCCGUACUCGCCGCUGCUAGAAUGCCCAUGUACUCCCCAGCGGAAGAUUGAUGUGAAGCAAGGGAAGAUUGACGGCAAAGAUCCUGACCCUGCUAUCGAGCGUUUCAGCAGCAAUUGUUGUCUAGGCUUCUGGAGCGUUGUGUCCCCGUGCAGCCCGGAGUUUGAAAAGACCGGAAAUCCCUCUUGCCACCUGGCCACCUAUGCUGGCGGAUGGCGCUGCUGCGAGCACGGUGUGUUUCUAAUCGACACCGACAAAGAGUGCACCGAUCCGCAGUGUUCGGAGGAACAAACGGAUGAGAUCUUCAUGAAGUACACCUUCUACUACGAGGAUGCCAGCCCAGAGACGCGCAAGAUGGAGAUGGCUGCCUGCUGCGAUGUCACCAGCGAUAAGCAGGGGUUUGAAAACAUAGAGUACGACGUUCCCGCUUGUGUGCCGGGCACCCCUUCGGAGAAAUGCUUGCACGUAGUUGAAUCAGUGCAGCCUGUGGCCUAUUUCCACAGACAUCCGAAGUCUCCCAACGACCGGCACAGAGCAGACGAAUUAGUGGACCUCGUCUUUGCAGCACCCCACCUUCAUGUUGCGGGCUUGUCCAUCGAACUCAUCGACGACAUUACGAACAAAACCCUUUGCUCCGUUAUCGCCAGCGUGGACAACCAAGGUGGAGUAAUGUAUGGGAACGGGACUGAAGCUGGAAACGAAGACGGAUACUUAGUUGGACUGCGUCCCUGUACUUGGGGCAGUGAUGCUCCUCGCUUCCAGAGAAAUCAUCCCCUCAGAACCCGGGCGACCUACAAUGCAUCCCGUGUUCAUACCGGUGUCAUGUCACUCUGGUUGAUGGAUGUUUCAGCCGCUCCAGAUGGUGACUUUGUAGUGUGA